UGGCGCUCAGCAACAGGACGGAUGGUCCCCAGAGUUCGAUGUUCGUUCUCGUUGGCGGUUUUGCGUGACGUUCAGGAGGCGGGAAUUGCCUCGGAGAGGACAGGGCUUGAGGUCGUUGCAACAGUAACAUGUCUAAAAGGAAAGGAUUGUCCUUUGAAGAGAAGCGAAGUCGUAUGAUGGAAAUAUUUUUUGAAACGAAAGAUGUGUUUCAGCUUAAAGAUUUGGAGAAGAUUGCCCCAAAGGAGAAAGGAAUCACUUCGAUAUCAGUGAAGGAAGUCUUACAGAGUUUGGUGGAUGAUACUUUGGUGGACACUGAUCGAAUCGGAACUUCUAAUUACUUCUGGGCAUUUCCAAGUAAAGCUCUUCACGUUCGGAAACAAAAAUUGGAAAAGUUGGAAAGUCAGCUCAUUGAAAGAACUGAAAGGAAACAAAGUUUGCAUCAAAGGAUUGAGAAAGCCGAAAUGGGACGUCAGAAUACAGAAGAUCGUGCAGCUUUAUCAAAAGAAUUGGAAGGACUUCGACAAGAAAGGAAUCGGUUGAAAGCAGAGGUGGAAAAAUACAAAGAAUGUGAUCCAGAAGUUGUAGAAGAAAUCAGGCAGUUAAACAGAAUUGCAAAGGAUGCAGCCAAUAGAUGGACAGAUAACGUCUUUACCAUAAAAUCCUGGGCUAAGAAAAAAUUUGGAUUUGAACAGAAACAAAUUGAUAAGACUUUUGGAAUUCCAGAAGAUUUUGACUAUAUUGACUGAUGAUUUCAAGCUGCACAAAUCGUUUUGUUCCUGCUUUGAGUUUGUAUCUAUUGUGCUAAUAAUAAAACUAUUUAGUUUUACCACAAGAGAUUGUGGACUUUCAGGCUUUGGAGAUGAUUAGCCCAGAGCAAUGGUCCAAAAUGCUGGAGACUUUCUCUGCUAUUUUCACAUUACAAGAUUUUGUUUUUGUGCAUGGCUUGAUUAUCUCUUGUUAUAAAUGACACAUUCUUGGCAGCUCAUUAGCAAUUUUUGUAAAAUUAAUUUCAUCUAAAUUAGAGGUCAAUUGAAAAAAAAAUGUUCAUCAAGCCUUCUGAUGAAAGGUUUUCUCUGGAGCGUUGGAGGCUGAGGGACCACCUGGUAGAUGUGUAUAAAAUUAUAAGAGGAGUAGCUUGGGUAGUAGUCUUUUUCCUAGUGUCAAAUAGAGGGCAUAGGCUUAAGGUGAGAUGGGGCAAGUUUAAAGGAGAUUUAUGAGGAAAGGUUUUUUUUUUACACAGAGAGUGGUAGGUGCCUGGUAGGGGAAAUGGUAGAAGCAGAUAUGAUUGCAAUAUUUUAGGGGCGUUUAGAUAGGCACAUGAACAGGUAGGGAAUGGAGGGAUAGAGACCACGUGCAGGCAGGUGGGAUUAUUUUGGGUUGGCAUCAUGGUCAGCACAGACUUUGUGGGCUGAAGGGCAUGUUCUAGUGCAGUAGUAGUCUGUGUUCUAUGGAAUUAGGAGGGCAAAAAGAGGACAUGAAACAUCCUUGGCAGUAAGAUUAUAGAGAAUCCUAAGUCAUUCUAUAAAUAUAUUAGGAGUGAGAAGGUUGCUAGGGAAAAAGUGGGUCCCUUUAGGGAAUAAAGGGAUAAUUUGUGUGUGGAGUGAGGGGUGUAUUCGAGGUCCUAACGGAAGUCGUCUUGUCUGCUUUCAACAAGUGAGAAACAUGAGUUCAGAGAGCAAUAUGUUGAUUGCCUGGACCAUGUAGUUAUUACGAAGGUGGAGGUAUUAGAUGUCACCUGAAUCCACCUAUCACCUGCCUGCUCUUGCUCCACCCCUUCCCCCCACCUUUUUAUACUGACCAUCUCCCCUCUUUCCAGUCUUGAUGAAGGGUCUCAACCAGAAACGACUGCCCAUUUUCCUCCAUAGAUGCUGCCUGACCUGCUGAAUUCCUCCAGCACUUUGUGCUUAGAGAUAAUCAGCAUGGCUUUGUGAGGGGGAAAUCCUGUCCCAGAAAUUUGAAUGAAUUUUUGAGGAGGUAACAAAAGAGAUUGAUAAAGAUAGGGCUGUUGAUGUUCUCUGUAUGGACUUUAGCAAAGCAUUUGACAAGGUCCCGCAUGAUUGGCUUGUCCAGAACCUCUUGGGUUCCAAGGAAGGCUCACAAAUUGGAUCCUAAAUUGGUGUAGUGAAAGGAGGCAGAACUAGUGGUGUGCCACAGUGACUGGUGCAGAUAUCUUUGCUGUUUGUGAUAAAUAUUAAUGACUUAGAUGGGUAUGUAGGAGAUAUGAUUAGCAAGUUUGCAGAUGACACAAAAAGUGGUGGUAUUGUCAAGGAAGGUUGUCAAAGGCAGUUGGAAAGCUGGGCAGAGCAUUGGCAGAUGGAAUUUAAUCCUGACAAGUGCAAGGUGACAUAUUUUUGGAAGACAAGUAGGAGUAGGACAUGUAGAGUAAAUGUAGGGCACUAAGGAAUGUUGGUAAACAGAAAGACCUAGGGAUUCGAGUCCAUAGUUUUCUAAAUGUGGCAGCACAGGUCAAUAGGGUGGUGAAGAAGGCACAAGGUAUGCUUGCCUUCAUAAAUGGAUAGAAUAUAUGAGUUAGCAAGUGAUGUUGCAACUUUACAAAAUACUGGUUGGACAGCAUUUGGAGUAUUGUAUGCAGUUCUUGUCACCAUGCUAGCGAUUGUGCUGGAGAGAUGCGGAGAUUCACCAGAAUGAUGCCUGGAUUGAAGGAUCUGAGUUAUGGGGAGGGAGUGGAUAGAUUGGGCCUGUUUUCCCUGGAACUAAGGAUGACCUGAUGGAAGUAUGUAAGAAUAUGAGAGGUAUAGAUAGGGUAGACAAAGUUUAGAAUCUUUGUCCCAUGGUAGGAGUAUCAAAAACAGGAGGGCAUGGAUUUAAGAUGAGAGGAAGGAGCUUUAAAGGGGAUUUGAGAGGUAGAUUUUUUUUUUUACACAGAGUGGUUGAUAUCUGGAAUGUGCUACCAGAAGAAGUGAUGGAAUCAGAUACAAUUACUAUAUUUAAGAGGAGCUAAGACAGACACUUAAGUUAUAAAAGAAUACAGAUCUAAUGCCGGCAAACGGGUUAACGUGGAUGAGCAAAACGGUCUGCAUGGAUGUAGUGGGCCAAAGGUCCUGUUUCUAUGCUGUACAACUCUAAUACUCUAUAAAUAUUUCUUGAAGACACAGUUGCUUCAUGAUUAGCUUUAUUUGGAUGCAGUGAGCAGUCUAAAUUUCUUGCUGUGUGACAAAGCUCUUCUGCCCCAAUAUUGGUCUUUCAGUUUUACAUCUGAACUAUGCUUCAGUUUAACCACCAGUAUUUUCAAUGUUGUUGAGAACCAUGGGUGAUGACCUUUUUAUCCAUCAUCUUGCAGGCCAUAGGUACUUAAAGCAUCGAAAUUCAUCCAUUACACAAUGUUGUUAGUCACUUCAUUGUUCGUAGCAAUUUGGCUGCUUGCAUCUCCUCAUUUGAAAUCUUAAUUCAUAGUGUCAUCGAACAUGGAAACUGCCUAUAAUGUUUGCUGUUGGGGCCUGUGCCACUGAACCCAAUAUCCUUCCUGAUGGUGAACUUCUUGAAUGUAUUGAUCCCUCCAGCAGAUGAACAGGAUCUGACCAGGUGAUGUUCCUAUAAGUACAGUUAAUUCUGUGAAUUGUUCCUUGGUCCAUUGGUUGGAUCAUUGAAGUCAUCAAGUCAUACAGCAGGAAACAGGCCCUUCAGCCCAACUGGUCCAUGCCAACCAAGAUUCCCAGUUGCCCACAUUUGACCCUAUCCUUUUAAACCUUGCCUAUCUAUGUAUCUGUCCAAGUACUUUUUAAAUGUUGUUAAUGUACCCACCUCAACCACUUCAUCUGGCAGCUCAUUCCAUAUACUGACCACUCUCUGGGUGAAAAAGUUGCCCCUCGGGCUCCUAUUAAAUCUCUCCCAUCUCAACUUAAGCCUAUGCCCUCUGGUUCUUGGUUCCCCAACCUUGGGAAACAGACUGUGCACAGUCACCCUAUCUAUGACCCUCAUAAUUUUAUACACCAUAAUCACCUACAUUCCAAUGAAAAAUGUCCCAACCUGCUCAAUCUCUCUCCAUAACUCAGUUCCUCAAGUGACGGCAACAUGCUCAUAAAUCUUCUCUGCACUAUUUCCAGCUUAAUGGCAUCUUUCCUAUAGCAGGGUCACCAAAACUGAACACAAUAUUCCAAAUACAGCCUCACCAACAUCUUGUACAACUCAGGAUCAAGUUUACUAUGUGACUUAUAUGACGUGAAAUUUGUUUUGUGGCAGUUGUACAGUGCAAAGACAUAAAUAUUGCUAUAAAUUACAAAAUAAAUAGUGCAAAAUAAAGGAAUAACAAGAUAGUGUUCAUGGACUAUUCAAAAAUCUGAUAACAGAGGGGAAGGAGCUGUUCCUAAAUCGUUGUGUGUGGGUUUUCAGGCUCCUUUACCUCUUCUCCAGUGGCAGUAAUGAGAAGAGGACAUGUCCCAGAUGGUAUGUGUAGUAUGAGGGCAUAUGGCUGUCACGUGACCCUAACAACACUGACCCCUCUGGUUGGAGGACAGCAUUGCUUAUCGGAUCGGAAGUGACACCACUGUCAAUCAAGGUUUGGCCCCACCCCACCCAUCAGGUGUGGGCGUAGGGAUUGGCCUUGGAGAGCACCUUUGUUCCUGAACCUG